UUUUUUGUUGUUUGUAUUGAAGCUGAAGAUUGCUUGUUUUUGUUUGAAUAAUCGGCAAGCGAAAUAGACAGCAAUGAUUUCAGAGUUUUCACCAAACUCAGUUAAGCUUCUUAAUAUUCUUGGUGAGGGAAGUUUUGGAAAAGUUCACAAAGCAAGGUUAGUGGCAAAUGGAGUGGUUAAGUUUGUCGCAGUGAAGACCUGGUAUUCGAAAGAUCUCGACACUGUUGUGAGAGAAGCCAAAGUGUUAGUUCGAAUGAACCAUCCGAAUAUUGUUGGAAUGAUUGGAAUCGUAAGGAGUCGUACUCCACGCUUAAUUUUAGAAUAUUUGGCUGGAGGUAGUUUGCUGGAAGAUUUGGAACAUUAUGCCAACAAUCGGAAACAGAGAGCUGUUUGGGCAUAUGGGAUUGCUAAAGGCAUGAGAUACUUGCACCAUGAACUACGUCCCUACCGACGGCACCAAGAUUUAGCCGCACGUAACUGUCUUCUGGCAGCAGACCGGACUACAAUUAAAUUGGCUGACAUCGGGGUAUGGGACGCUGGUUAUCAGAACCAUUACUUUGCCCCGGACAGUGGAAAUUAUAUGUACGAUAGGGAUGGUGACUAUUUUAACCGGCCCGCUCCUGUUCGUUGGAUGGCACCAGAAUGUGUCCCCUAUAAUUCUGACCCAUUGUUCACUCGAAAGAAUGAUGUGUGGGCCUACGGAAUUGUUCUAUUCGAGAUUUGGACGGGAGGUGAAUUACCGUUCGAGGACAUCGCGAAUAGUCAAGUUCUCAGGGCUGUGUACUUUGGAACCAAUCCGGUUUGUUAUAGGGGAGGAAUCGAUGCUCCUGGUCACGUACAAGAUCUUAUGGAUGAUUGUAUGGCUCAGGACAAAGAUGACCGACCAAAUUUUAAAGUAAUUGUUGAACAUUGGGAGACUUUUGGUCGUCGAGUUAUGCAAGGAUGAACGGAUUUACUUCUUUUAUAUUGCUUCAAUGAUUCGAUCUUUUGACAUGACAUUUUUAUCGAAAUAAAACGUUUUAGA